CCUUGUGAAUUAAACGUGAAAACGACGCAAAAAAUUGGUGCAGCGAAAUUAAUUCAAAUUUAAACGAUUAAUAAAGAAGCUAAAGAAUUGAAAUAAAUUAUAUUUUAUAAUAUUUCGACAUAUUGAUUUAAAUUUUAUAAGAGUGAAAACAAACAAGUGCAUUUCUGAUGCAAAGUUCAUGGAAACCUCACUAUAUUUCAAUGGAAUUCGUUCGAAAGAGAUUUACACUUCAAUGGAAUUCUAAAAUCAAUGCCAUUCAGAGCCGCAGACCGCCAGGCCCAUUGUAACCAUUCAGUGCACAAAAGAUAUUACGCAUUACUGCAUUCAGUACGCAGUGAGUUGUAGUAAAAACUACGAGUCUAUACAUACAUAUAGCUACAUAUUUGAAACAAAAUCGAAAACUUCAAAGCACUUGCGAAGGUCCCGCAUACACAUCCGGAGCCCCUACAAAUUAAACGAAAAAGAGGUUGCUGAAAAUUUUUGAGCCACUCCGAAAAGCAACAGCAGACGAUGCAAGAAAAACGGAUACAAAACAACGCAGGCAACAAACAAUAACAAAAUUCAAGCGAAAAGCAAAACGGAAUAAAAACAAACAACAAAGCGAGACACGGCACGCUCCGGCAUAGUAAUUUCGAGCUUUUGCUCUCGUGCAGCCGCAAUCGCAUCGCUUCAGCUUGCAAACGUAAAAGUUCAACGCCACAGUUAUCUCCUGCUUGCCUACCAACUUGCGCUCAGCGUAGGCACAAGCGACAGCGACCUCAGGCUCAGCUCAGUCCUUAUCAGCAUCGCAGUCGCAUCAGUUGCUUCAGUGGCUUGGCGCACCUGUUCGGCUGAAAAAGUUGCUUUUUGUCGGUUUCGCAUGCUUACGCUCAUCGAAGAUUUACACAUCGAUGAAGUAAUUUCGUGUAUUUGCUGAAAACGAAAAAAGUCGCUCAUACGACACGGUGUCUGAGUUACUUUGCCGGUGCUGACGCGUACACUUACACAGCGUGUGUAAACAAAAUGAUACAACAGUGCGCUUGUAAUCGCAGAGGAGCAUAAAAUACAAGAAAAACAUGCAUUUUAAUUAGUGAAACUUGUUUUUGCAGAACUGACAGUGAAACAAAUAAAAAUAAAUUAAAAAAAACAUCCUUAAGUAUACCCUAAGGUAACAAGAAUAAUAUGUAAAAACAGCACGAAAGUCCAAAAUAUGGGUCACAUAUGCAUGCAAAUUUUGAAUGUAUAGCAUUAUGGCAUUCAUGUGAAUUUGACGCACAAAGAAAACUAAUCCAAUUUAUUGGCACUUCUGUGAAUAAUAAGUGGGAACCAGCAGCACAAAAACACAACAAUACAACCAGGAAAUCUUUAGCAACAGGAUAACAAAGAACCUACCAACCACCGCUUAUAAAUUAUUUAAGACAAUCUAACAACUGAAACUCGUUUCUGUCCAAAAAUGCAAUAAAUGUUAAAAGCUCACACAAAACAAAAUAUUAACGGUUAUACAUACAUACAUACUCGUGCAUAAAAACUUUUCAAAGACUUGACACGCUCAGCGAAAACUUAUCAAAGCUGUGUAAUACGAAACGGAAAGGAUCUGGAUAAUUUUUCACAAGGCAUACCAAAAAAACGUAGCUUACUGAGAAACAAAAUGUCGAAUUUGCUCUACAUGGAUGAAACGAAUUGCAAUGGCAUCUAUGCGUCCAAAGUCAAUAGUACGGCAUCACCACUAACAACAACAACAUCAAACAACAAUAACAUCACUAACUGCAACGAAAGCAGCAACAAUAUUUUGCAUGCAAGCAACAUUAUUAUGAGCACGACCAACAGCAGCAACAACAAUAGCAACGUUAACGGCAAUAGCACCAGUAACAUCAUAAAUAACGCAAACACAAAUAAUAUCAACAACAUCAACAUCAUGAAUAUAGCAGCCUCGACUGUGGCAAUGACAGCGGCGGUUGCCAACGCCAACGUCAACGCUGCCGGCACCGCCACCGGCCUCACGUCGACCACACUACCCACAUCCGUCUCGAAUGAGGAUCUAAGUCAGAGUUUAUCCGAGUACACGGAUGCGGAUGAAAGCAUAUCAGCACCGACCGAGUUUCUUGCUGAGUUUCUCUCUGCGGUGAUGCUUAAAGAUUACAAAAAAGCCUUGAAAUACUGCAAACUGAUUUUACAAUACGAGCCAAACAACGCAACAGCCAAAGAAUUCUACCCUCUUAUAAUCGAAAAGUUACGAGACGCAGCGGCCAGCGACAGUGAUGAGAAUUACAAUAAAUCGUCUUCACCCGAACCAGUUUUAGAACUGCAAUCCUCGGAUCCAUCGGCAGGCGAAAGUGAUGAUGCGGCUUUUGAAGACCAAGCGAUCGGUAUUAUUGAUGAUGGGAUUGAUGAGUAUGGACUGGCAGAGGACAACUGUCAUUCUUUGGAUGGCUCAAAUAGCCACGAACUAAAUGUAAGUAGUCGGAGCGGCAGUAGUGACUCGGCGGGUGGUAGUAUAAGUGAAUCGAUGGAUGAAGAGCUCGAAGGAGAGGAAAUCGAUGACGAGGAUAUUGAUGGCAUUGAUGACGAUGGUGUCGGAGAUGAAGAUGAAGACGACGACGACGAUGAUGACGAAGUGGAAGAUGUCAACAGCAGCAGCGGUGAUGACUUGCCAAUCGAUGAUCCCAAUUCGAUUGAGGCUGCAGCAGGUACCGGCAAUAAUUCACUUUCGUCGCGAAAUUCAUCUAGUGGCGGUGGCGGCAGCGGACGCAGUCGAAGCGACAACACAACGCACUCAUACUCCAGUUUACUGCUAGAAGAAGAGGACGAUAUAGCGCCGGUUAACCUGAAAUUCACCAAAGAGCUGUCAUCGCCCGAUUUGGAUGUCAGCAAUGGCAACAAAUUACCGUCAACUUCAUGUAGCGACUCGGAAUCACCAACGGAACCGCUAACGCAACGCCUCGCUGCCAUUUUGCGCUCAAAGUGUGGUGUGUCCAGCGCUGGUGACAACUAUUGAAGGCAAUGCAAGUGACACACAAACAAAACGCAUACGCAAACCGCAUAGUUAUCAGGAAAAUACAAAACUUUAGUAUGAAAUGUAUACAAAUGAAUCUAGUUUAGUUGAAUAUAUAAUAUAUACUAAUAUAUGUACUGUGUAUAUUUUCAUGUAUUCACUUGUAGCUAUUUAAGCGUUAUAUACUCGUAGUUUAGUAUAUGUAUAUAUCCAUGUAUUUAUGUACUGGCAUAUAACCAAUUUCGUAUACAACACGUAUAUUCAGAUAUAUGUAUAUCCUUGAAGUAUAUAAUGUACACAUAUUAUACAUUAGCAACUAAAGAGUUGAUUUUCUCAAUUAUAAGCUAAUAUUUAUCAGUCAUCACCACUGACAUUUCCCAUUAAAACUUGCCAAUCACUCUCAAAUUUACUCAGAGAUUCAGCUUUGCUAAACUUUUGACGAAGAAUGCUCAAAAAAGCGUAAAAUAUCGGAAGGAUAACUUAUAAAAUGAUCUACUCACCCUUAAAAUACGAAUAAUUUUCUUACAUACAUACAUAUAUAAAUAAUAUUUGAUCAACUUUUAUAAAUAUAUUUACUUACAUUCUACUAUUAUUAGAAACUGCUAUGAGAUUUUGGAACUAUCUUCGCUGAAAGGACUGAUAUCUAAGAAUACCAGUUUACAGUUGGUUCACCUUAAAGCUAGGACUUUUGUAUCAAAAUUAUUAAGAUCGUAAAUGUUAACGAAAUAAGUUUCAAAAUCUCUCAGCCAAUACUCUUUAUCAAUGACCUAUAAACUUAUAUACUCUUUUGCGUAAUAGUUUAGUAAUUAGUAAUACCUAGUGCAGAGAACUGACUCUUAUUUAUGAUAUUCUAGAUCACAAACCAAGUGGACUUGUAGUGGAUUUUAUAUGCAUGCUUUAGAAUUAGGUUUUAUAGGUACUAGCGAAUUUGAUAAAUUAAUACAAUUAAUAUUUAUUUAGUCUAUAUAUCUAUAUUAUUAAAGUAAAAAUAUACAAAGACAGGUGAGUUGCUGUCGCAUAAUCACCUUCUCAAAGACGUUUUGAAAAUCGUUCAACGAAACUGCGAAAGAGGAAUUCGGAAGUAGGAAUUAAAGGAACUAUUUUAGACGUGGUAUCUUGUUACCAAAACGGUUAUAAAGAGAAAACCACACAUUCAGCUCUACAUCGAUCAAGGAAGGUUUAAUAAGUCCAACUAAAUUUAAAAACAUUCUGAAAAGUCUUUUCAUUAAGCAAAUAAGAUUCACAUGGGCUAAAUUAAUAAAGCAUUACUCGUAAAGCAUUUAAUCAAUGAUUUUAUAAAACCGAAACUAUAUAUUUUUUCUGAUUCUGAUUGGUGUUUGGAUGACACCUAUAAACCAUUGUGCUUCGAUCUGAACAAUAUGUUCGGAAAUUGUACUAAUACCUGGGGUAAUAUCCACGCCACAUUUCGUGACGACAAAUAAAAAACUUUUUCCAAGAAGGACUUAAGCUUGAUCGGUCAGUUUGUAUGGCAGUUAUAUAUUAUAGAGGUCCAAUCCGAGCAGUUUAUUCAGAGUUUGAAUCGGUCCCUCUCUGUCAAAUUUCUUGAAAAUAUCUUGUCAAAUAAAAAGUUUUCUGUACAAGAACAUGAAUAUCGGCGGUUCGGAGAAAUGAGCAAUUUUUUGGAGAGAAAACGUUGAGGAAAUUUUCAAAUCAAUAUCUCAACCUUAGGACCUGGUAUAUAUACAGACAGACGGAAGAGAAGACAAACAGACAGUUGGAUAUAGUCGUCCCAGCUUUUCCUGCUGAUUAUUUAGAAACGUAUUUUCGGGGUCUCCGACGUUUUCUUUUAGGUGUUACAAUCAUUGUUACGUGGCAAACUUGUUAUACCCUGUUCAGGGUACAACUGGUUAAGUGGAAGUAACAUCACAGUGGGAAUAUCAAAGUAAACAGGUUAAAGAAGUUUUAGAAAUUAAUAAAUUUUUAAAAGAAAUGCAACUACCAUUUCGUUCAAUAAACUGGAAAUCAAAUUUUACUAACAGAGUCUCAAAAUAUCAGUUACAGAAGAAAUACUGAAUGUAAUAAUAUUUAUUAGGCAUUAUAGAAGCAAUAACAUUUUAUUUCGGAGACUGAGACUAAAAAGUACGUUCAGCGAAAUCAAACAAAAUUAAAUUUGGUAUCUAAUUUAAUUUCUGAAACCAUUAAAAAACACGUAGAAUAUGUGUUGGGUUAGACCAUAGGCAAGUAUGUAUUUGUUUGGUUAGAAGGUACUAGAUGAACAUAUCGUACAAAGAAAACUAUAUACUUUUGUUAAAUUAAUUAGAAUGGCAAAUCUAUUUCAUAAGCAUUAAAACACAAACUGAACUAUACUGCAUACUAAUUUAUAUCUAAUAAAUAUUUAAUAAUCACAAAAUGAGUAAAUUAUAGAACUGAUGUUCCUCAUAUAAUAUAAAAAUUGAUAUUUGAAAAUAUCACAAUUCGACAGUUAAAUUGUAUUUAUGAGUUUAAUCCAAAAAAUAUUUUCCUUUUUUGCAAAACAAUAUAAGCAUUCACAAAAACAAACAACAUAACAUUAACCGUUCCCACGACAGUCGGGUCUAAGUAUUUGGAACGGACCCGGAAUUUUAUCCGGCCAAGGACUGUCAAAUCGGCACCAUUCCUCGAAAUUACUUCAGGAAUGUUUUCUGCCGCGAUAACAACAACAUAAACAACAUAAUAUAAUAUAUAUGUAUUUAUUCAAAUUAAUUUUUUAAAUACCUAUUAUCACCACUUAAAUACCUAUUUGAAAAAUCGAGUAUACAUAACUGAUUUAAAAUCGCAAAUGUUUCAAAAACAUUAUUGAAUAAGAAAGAAUGUUAAACACAAACACUCGUAAAAGUAAGCUAACAUUACAAAGACUUCAUUAAUAAAGAGACUUUAAACUAGGAAGACGGUGGAUUGUUGCAUAUUAAUUUCCAAGUGCAUAUAUAAUAUAUAUACCAUAUACAUAAGUAUUUAUAAGUUAUAAUCUCAACUAUUUACUAUUUAUACUAAUCUAUAUACUCAAUUUAGGUGCGUGUAAUAACAUAUAGGCACAUUUAGUAUGUACAUAUGUGUAUGGAUCUAUUGUAUGUAUUUAUAUGUAGUUUUCCUGUACGCAUAUUUGUUAAUAGCAAUGUAAUAUAUCAAGGAAAAAUCAAGUGUGAAAGGAACAUUUCUGAAACAUGACACAUAGAUACAUAUAUACUUAUAACACGUAAAACACAACCGCAUACAUAUUUCGUAUAAACCAAAUAAAAAAUAUAUCAAACAAUAUUUCGUAAACAUGCAAAGAAAGCAGGAAUAA